CAACAAUAAAUUACAUGUACCUUCACCUUUGCUUGUAUACAGCCUGUUUCCAUCAUCGUGUAUUAGUUCAGUAUCGAUGUAGAUAUCAGUGAUUUAAAAUAUUGCAGUGAAUAACCGAACAAUCUGGAUUAAUCAUAUGUCGUUCAUUCCUACAAGACGCAGAAUAGCUGAAUGGUUCCAAAAACGCAACGAUGUAUAACAUAUUCCCAAUUAGUGUGUGCAUUCUGUCGAUGGCAUAUUACGUGGACGGUGGUACAGAUGAAGUCGGUGGUAAUAAGGAAGAUACUGCAAUAGUAAUUAAAGCGUUUGGAAAAAACAGGCCAAAUGUGGCGCCAAUAAGGCAAAUCAGAGACGACAAAUUCGAUGCGGAUCCUGCAUUUCCUGAUAUAUGCGCAGAUAUUGAGGUUGUUCUGGAUUACUCAUGCUCUCUAUCGAGAAAGACCAGAGACCUAGCCAGGAAUGCUUCAAAAGCAAUAGGGUAUCAUUUACUAGACUAUGACCCGAGUCUUUUAAGAACAAGAUUUGGGAUAAUUACAUAUGGAGACUUGGUAACUCGUGUAAAAAAUUUAGAUGAAGAUGCCAACGCCUUUGAGCUCGUGGCUAGAUUUGAUGAGAUAGACGUCAAAAGGAAACAAGGCCCGAACUGUAGGACACACACGCAUCUUGCUUUACAAGAGGUACAGAACUCAUUCAAGAAAUAUGAAAGGACUGAUGUCCAACAAAUAAUUCUAUUGUUUACUGAUGGACUAACCUUCAAGCGGCGGAAUAGAGCAUCCAUGUAUAUUGCAGCUGAUAGAUUAAAAACAAGCGGUGUUAUUAUAUACACGAUUCAGUUACCGCAUAAACAAGGGAAGUUCCAAGAACAAGAAUAUCUGAGGGUACCACACAGUGAAAAUCAUUUGUUUAACGGUACCGACAUCGAGAUUACUAACCUAAUUGUUAGUCAGAUGCGAAUAGACGCCCCUUGCCUGGUGUAAUAUGUGUGACUUGUAUGGAUUUGGAUUAAAACAUAUAAACAUUAUUGUUAUGGAAUACAGUCUACUAUACCUUGCAUU